GUCUGUCAGAGGUUCAGUUCGCAUGGAGCCGGAACAUUCCUCCUAAUUGAUGAACCCUUUGUCCUUUCCUUCUGCUCUCUUCACGGUACACGAUACCUGUUGAAAACAGAUUAUUUGAACCAUCUGUUUACUUUUUCUGGUGUUUUAUAACGCAACUGGACUAAGGAGAAGGGGAGCGAGGAUAAGUCUCAGCUCUAAGCUCUCAAGACGACAAGGAUUUCCAUCGCUUCUCGUAUUUGGUUCUUCCACCUCGCAGAUUUUCUUGCUGCUGCAAAAAGCUACUAUGUAGAGAUUUGUUCUGCUACACUAUGAUCUUACCCGCCAUGCCUUUUAAAGUUUCUUUUGCCAAUCAGACGUAUGUGUCCCCCUCCAACCAUCAGAUGGCUCCUCCAAGCCCCAACAACAACAACAGCAGCAUCACCACCACCUCCUCCAUCAGCAAUGGCAGCAGCAGCUGUGGAGGAGAGCUGCUGAGCAAAACCAACCUGUACAUCCGUGGCCUCCACCCAGGAACCACAGACCAGGAUCUGGUCAAACUCUGUCAGCCGUACGGGAAAAUUGUAUCCACCAAAGCCAUCCUGGACAAGACCACCAACAAGUGCAAAGGCUACGGCUUUGUUGACUUUGACAGUCCGUCCGCAGCUCAGAAAGCAGUGACAGCGCUGAAGGCGGGUGGAGUGCAGGCUCAGAUGGCCAAGCAACAGGAGCAGGACCCCACCAACUUAUACAUCUCCAACUUGCCAAUGUCCAUGGAUGAGCAGGAGCUGGAGAACAUGCUGAAGUCCUUCAGCCAGGCCAUUUCCACUCGCAUCCUCCGUGACGCCAACGGAGCCAGCCGAGGCGUGGGCUUCGCCAGGAUGGAGUCAACCGAGAAAUGUGAAGCUAUCAUCCAACAUUUCAAUGGGAAAUAUAUCAAGACUCCACCUGGAGUUCCAGUGCCACCAGAGCCCCUCUUGUGUAAAUUUGCCGACGGGGGCCAGAAAAAGCGUCAGAGCCAAGGAAAAUAUCUGCAGAACGGCCGGCCCUGGACGAGAGAUGGAGAGAGUGGAGGACUGACGCUGACCUACGACCCCACCACGGCUCUGCAGAACGGGUUCUACUCUUCUCCCUACGGCAUCGGCCCGAACCGGAUGAUGGGGCCGACCUCCAUCUCCCCGUACAUGCAUUCUCCCAUGUCCACCUACCAGGUGCACAACCCAUCCUGGUUACAUCAUCAGUCAUACAUCAUGCCGCCCACAGGAGCGGUCCUGACGCCGGGAAUGGACCACACCAUGUCCAUCCAGCCAACCUCCAUGAUGGGACCCCUAACGCAGCAACUCAGCCACCUCUCCAUGGGCAGCAGCGGCACAUACAUGCCCUCAAACACGUCUAUGCAGGGGACCUACAUCCCCCAGUACACCCAAGUGCCUGCCACCAACAUCUCAGUCGAGGAAAGUGCCGUCCAACCACCCGUUGCCAUAGAAACACCCACAGAACACACAGCUUACACCUACCAGCAUAACAAGUGAAGAGAUCUUCCUGUGGAGCCGGAAGGACCCUUCAAAGUGCUGAAACACGGCACAGCGACUGUGUGCUCGUACGGCACCGGACACUCGGGAGCGACACGGACUGUUACACACAAAGGACAAAAACAACAACAACAACAAAAAAGGAAGAAAACAAUAUUUUCUACACACUCAUAUUUUAGAAUAAACUGUUUUACUCCAACAACCGGGUCUGGAGGACGGCGGGCAACGAGAAAGGGAGGAAGAGGAUCAACAGUCAAGAAAAAAUAAGUCACACACAUGUUGGAUUUUCUUUUCUUUUAAAAAAAAAAGCAUUUUCAUAUUAUUUUCUAAUAAUGUUCUGGGGAGCUGGAGUGAAACCAGGAGAAAAUACUUCAACGCCAUGUUUUAUUUUGAGUCAUUUUUUUUCCUUCACUUUUUUGUAAGAGACACUGAUUUUGCUUCAUCGUUUUGUCUGAUACCUUCAGGCUUUCAACAUGCCUUUUUGUACAUAAUUUUUGUUUUGUUUUGUGUUUCUAGCUUCUAGUAAACAUUUGAAUACGGGACUCAAAAGGCUAAAAGAAGUCCCUCAAAAAGCUGACGAUUCGUGUUCCAGAUGUUCGCGGUGGCCACUUGGAGUCUAAACUCACGUGUACCAGGUACAAACCUCCCCGGAGCGGCAGCGCUUCUUUUCGGCACUUGACUCUCAGAUCAUGGAUACUGCCGGAAAUCUCGACAAAGCUUUGAGACAAUCAGAAGAUAACAGAGGGGAGAACAUUUAGAGAUGUUAUAAGGAAGACUCGUUAAAAGAGCUAAAUAGAUAUAAAGCAUUUUGAGAGAUUAUUAUCGGAAAGUUCUAACUAUUUGUUUGCGUUGCGCUGCUACUAUUGAUGAAAUCCAAAGUUGCUUAACUGCAAAUCUCAGACAGAGCUGCCUGUAAAUAAGAGAUUUAAAUGUAUUUAGGCUUUCUUUUGAUUUCCUUUCAUCAGUGCAGUAAUGCUUCUGUUGUUUGAAUAAAAAUAUUGUACCAAAUUAUCUGAACAAAGUCUUCUGGCUUUCCCUCAUGAACUGCUCAUAACAGGAGAAUCUGACUCUCCAGAGCAGAGUCAGAUGUUAGAGUAUAAAGUUCUUAUUGCAUAAAUAUAGAGAUCCACUGGUAAAGUGUGGCUCCGUCCUGUUAGAUCUUCAGAAAAGGUUCAUUCUGAAUUAUUAUGGCCAGAACAUGCUUUAAAACUGACCUUAUUUUUGAUCGCAUCUACAUCUGAAUUUUCCGCCCUCAUGUUUUGUCUUUACAUUUCUUAUUUAAAGGUUUUAUCAAGUUGUUUUUUAUUUCACUUUUUAAGAUUGAUCCAAUUUUUCCAAGAUGUUUUGUUUUUAUUUUUGAUAGUGUGUUGUGCGCCUCAAAUAGUGAGAAGUAGAUGUUUGCAGCUGUUUUUGAAGUAGUGAUUUGUUUGUGCGUUUGCCUAGUUGUGUGGUUUCAGUGUUCAGGUCAAAGAGGCUUCACGGCUUUAGUUUGUUUUAUUGGUUGUUGUUUUUUUUUCUCACAGACAUUUCAGUUCCGUCCGUAUCUCAGAUGUUGGCAAUUUGCCAACAUGACUCCUGAUGGUGGUUUAAUAAUCAUGUACGCCAGGUUCAGAUGCGUUGUUACAGAGUUACAACAUAGAGACAAAUGAUAUGUUCAAACCCUGACUUACCUCAUCCUGCCAGAGAGACGAGGUUCACAGGCAGUAAACAACGCUUGAGUUGGCCUCAUGGCCGUUCACAGCUGGUUCUGUGUCCACUUCCUUUAACUCGGAAGAACACGCCCAAGGUCUGACGAUCUAUGCAAUUAAUUUAUUAUCCUCACGAAUGCAAUACUACGGAUGUCCGAGCGACGCCUCACAUGUCGACAGCGGAUCUCCGUUGUGCAUACGGACACUUUGUGUUUGUUUUUCUGACUGACACAUUUGUCAAUGGUUCAUUCAUCGGUUUGAGAAUUUCUGCAUUAAAAGGGAACUAUGAUCACACCAAAAUGAAGUUGUUUAUGACUAUGCUCAAUGUGAACGGAGGCUGGUGUGGCCACUCGAUUACCGAACGUCUGUGCUACGCCAGCACCAUCAGGUUUUUUAGAUUCACCAUAAGGUCUGUUUGCAUGUUUUAUUCCGGGGGCCCUGGGGGGUCCCGUUUGUUCACUUGCUUUCUUGCUGAGAAAUUCUCACGGUUUUAUUUCCAGGACCAAAUUAAACUCCACAGAAAUGCCUUAGAUUUCACUAAGAAGCGCUACUCAGAUUUAUUUUGUUUUUAGUUGCAUGCACUGCUUGUGUUAAAGAAUUUCUGUCGGCUCAAACUACUCUGAACAUAAAUCUAUUAAGCAAAGAAAUCUUUGUACGACUUUGUGUGUCCAUUGUUUUCAUCCAAAACAUUGAAGAACUUAUGGGGGCUUACUGGGUCUAACAAACUAUUGCUGCUAUUUUGAGUGUUGAAUAUUUAGAAAUCAUUUAGCGGAAGGUCGUUGAAUAUAACGAAUCAGAUACGAGUUCCUAACUGGUUUUGAGAAAUCUGUGCAAUACUUUGUUUUCUGCAUCGAACCACCUCCUUCAGUAAAUGUCGGUCUGUGCCAUCAUGUAGGUCUUUGUCAUCUUCAUUGGAAAAAAAAAAAACCUGCAGCAAUUAAACUUUCAACUUGGUUUGA